AUGAAGCUACUGAUUCUUGGAACGGUACUGUUCUUGCUUGCGAUAAAUCUGAUCAGCGCUGAUUCGGCUGAAUCUGACGAGGACAGCACAGAGUUGUCGGUAAGCAGUGAAGAGAUUUCCGAUGAAAUUUCCAAUCGCCCAUCUCGAGGACCAAAGGAAAAACGACCUAGGCUUCGACCGCAAAGAAAUGAAGAAGGUGGGAGAAGACCGUUCGGACCACGAAAAGGUCGUGAAGGUGAUGAAAAACUACCCAAACCAGAAGGAGAAAAUGGUGAAGAGCUACGCGAAUCAAGAAAAGCCGGCUUAAGAAGACCAAGAGCAGUCGAUUCGAAAGCAAAAGCCUUCAUAAAAGCAAAAGCAGUCAUACCAAAAGCAAUCAGGCGCACAUUCGACUCCAAAGAGGUAAGCAAACCAGCAAAGAAGCAAUCUGAAAAGAUUUAA